CUCCACCGACAGUUGAAAAAGGAACAAAACAAAGAAGCCGCGGUAGAGAGAGAAAGAGGAGAGAGAAGGAGCGAGAAAGGUAGUGACUUUGAGCUCGAUCGAACCAACCCACGAUGGGGAGAGUGCGUGCGCGUCAGUGAAGAGAUCCAACCGGAUCGAACCUGCUGUCUUCCCUCGACAUGGCCACCGCCAUCUCCUCCUCCUUCCUCCUCCUCCUCACCCUUUUCGUCUCCGUUCUUGGCCUGGCCCGUUCGGCCGCCGCCGGCGACGGCUGCUCGGGCCGCCGGAUCCACGUCCGCCGCCUGCCGCCGCGGUUCAACCUGGACCUCCUCGCCACGUGCGCCGACUACCCCCUCCUCGACGACCUCUGCCCGUACCUGGCCAACCACGGCCUCGGGCAGCCCACCCACAACCGCUCCCGCAGCUGGUUCCGCACCGACCCCCUCGCGCUCGAGCUCGUCUUCCACCGCCGCGUCCUGGAGCUCCCCUGCCUGACCCCCGACCCGGAUCUCGCCGACGCCGUCUUCCUCCCCUACUACGCCGGCCUCGACGCCCUCCGCUACCUCUACGGCCGCGACGUCAACUCCAGCGCCGAGCACGGCCUCGAUCUCUACCGCUUCUUGAGGGCGAACGAUCCGGGCAUCUGGGAGAGGCGCUCGGGCCACGACCACUUCCUGGUCAUGGCUCGACCCGCCUGGGACUUCUCGCAGCCGUUGUCCAACGACCCUCCCAUCUGGGGCACUUCGUUUCUUGAAUUGCCCGAGUUCUUCAACGUCACCGCAUUGACGUUCGAGGCCAGAGCUUGGCCCUGGCAGGAGCAAGCCAUCCCUUACCCGACCUCGUUCCACCCCCAGGACUCCACCUUCCUCGAGUCGUGGGUGGCCAGGGUCCGACGGUCUCGCCGCACCGCGCUGAUGCUGUUCGCUGGCGGGGGCGGCAUCUCGGCGACCCCCAACAUCAGGAGGAGCAUCAGGAUGGAGUGCGAAAAUGGGACAGAAGCUCCAGGGUCGGACAAUGGGUACUAUGCGAAGACCUGUGAUUUCGUGGAUUGCUCGAACGGCAUUUGCGAGCACAACCCUAUCCGGUACAUGCAGCCGAUGCUGAAGGCCGCAUUCUGCUUGCAACCUCCUGGGGACACACCGACGCGGAGGUCGACCUUCGAUUCGCUCCUUGCUGGGUGCAUCCCGGUGUUCUUCGAGGACCAAUCGGCCAGGUCGCAGUACCGGUGGCAUCUGCCAGAGGAAGAAUUCGAGGAGUUCGCGGUGUCGAUACCGAAGGAGGAGGUGGUGUUCAAAGGGUUGAGGAUAGUGGAUGUGCUGAUGGGGAUACCAAUUGAGAGAGUGAGGAGGAUGAGAGAGAAAGUUGUGGAAAUGAUACCGAGGAUCAUGUACAGAAAACAUGGAGGCUCACCUGGUUUGAGGUCUAAGAUGGAUGCAUUCGAUAUUGCAGUUGAGGGUACUCUGAAGAGGAUCAAAGCAAGACUUCAAGAGGUUUCAGUUUGAGCUUCACUAAUUUGGGAUUGAAGUUACUACAUUCUUGUGCUUGUUUGUAAUUUUCUUGUUUGUUUGUUGUUGUCCCUCAUUUUUUUGUCCCUCUUAUUUAUUGACUGCAAAAAAUGCAGAAAGAACUGCAUUAUAUGUAUCUGACUAGCAAUAAAGAUUCAAACAUAUUUCCUUUA